AUGGCAGCACUCUCCGCCCUCAAGGGUGUCACGGGAACCAUCUACUCCAAUGUCUUCGUCGGGCUUCCUGUUCCGGAAGGCGAUCUCUCAGGCCAGACUAUCAUCAUCUCAGGCUCGAAUCAAGGCCUAGGCUAUGAAGCCAGCCGUCAUUGCUUGCGUCUAGGAGUUGAUCGCCUUAUCAUGGCUGUCCGCAACAUUCCAAAAGGCGAGGCUGCACGACUAGAACUUCUGAAGGCCACCGGGCGUGAAGACAGCUCGAUCGAUGUCUGGGAGUUGGACAUGGAUCGAUACAGCUCCGUCAAAGGCUUUGCGGCUCGUGCAGCAGCACUUCCCCGUCUUGAUUCCUUUCUGGCGAAUGCUGGCUUGGCUACCAACACAUUCAGCCUAGUGGAGGAUGGCGAGAGGACAAUCACUGUCAACGUGGUCAGUACCUUUUUGCUUAUUGCCCUGCUUAUACCGAAACUUCGCGAGUCUGCUUCGAAGUUUGGCAUCGUUCCUCGCGUCUCAAUCGUCAAUUCAGCCUUGCAUUAUAUCGCUCCGUUGAAUGAGAUUGAUGUUGAUCAUGGAGACGCGAUCUUCGCCCGCUUGAACAACAAGGAUACUGCGAAUAUGGCCAUGCGGUAUCCAUUGUCGAAGCUAUUGGUCCUCUUUGUAGUCCGAGCAUUCGCAGAGAAGUUGGAGAAAAGCAAAGGCCCAUUGAUCGUCAUCAACACGCCCAAUCCUAGCUGGUGCAAGUCCCAGUUAAUGCGAGAGUCGAGCAGCGCUGGAACGCGUUUUGGAGAGCGCGUUUUAGCUCGCAGUACCGAAGAGGGGAGCCGUGCUUUGGUUCAUGCGAUUCUGUGCGGAGAAGAGAGCAGCGGUCAGUACCUUGAUAACUGCCAGGUAAAGAGGCCGUCUUGCACUGUUACCAACGCCAAAGGUGCAAGAAUACAGGAAGCUUUUUUCAGUGAACUUUGGGGGAAGCUGGAGGGUAUUUCACCUGGCAUUGGCCUGUGA